GGGAGGUUGUGGCACUCAUACAAGCGAGGGAGAGGCUGUGUUGGCGCGGCCAGCCAGUUUACCGUUGCAAGGCGCGUUGUGCGGCCGGACGUUCGACCGUCACCCGCCGCCGCCGGCACCCUGUAGCCCGGCCUCGCAACCUUCCACCUGGACCUGGACCUGGACCUUACCAGGACUGUACCAUUGAAAAUCUUGUGUUCUACGAGGGGUGUUAAAGACUAAUCACCACAUAUAUUGAUCUCUCACAUAGAGACGAAGUGCUACAACUCGUGCUUAAUUCACUGAAGUGCUUAUCUCAACUCUGGUUCUUUAUUGGAUCGUCUUUGUCUGUUUUAAGAUACAAAGGAAAACAUCCUUGGACUGUCAUCAAUAUUACUGAAUUGACAAUGGCAUAUAUUUUCAAAUAUAUUUCCUGUGCUAAAGGUUUAGCAUAUUGAGUCUUUCGUAAGCAGUGCACGGGUUUGGGGUGAAUAAUGGGAAAAAGGAACGCACGGAUCAAGUUUGCACAUUCCAUUGGUCCGCCGAGAAAAUUGAAUGCCUUAGGAAGUUUCGAGUAGCACCCAAACCCACGCAUCCACGCACUAUUCAGUUACCGACGCUCUAGCGACUGCCAAUAAAAGUACAAGUCAUACCGGGUUAUUAUAACUCACUUAUUUAAACGUAGUUUUACUUACUUAAGUACAAAGAAAACUUACAACUGAAACGGUAGUCAUGACGGCCACUGCUCCUGAACUCUCAAAAUCGGAUUUUUUUGAUUUUGUGACAUCUAAUGAAGUGACGGACGCUCAAUAUAAACAGCAAAUGCGAUCAGUCAACGUGUUCAUGGAAUCACCUGAUUCAAGAUCCAACCCUUUGUUGUCAGAGGAGCCCAAGGAGCAAAACAACAACAACAUACUUGCCGUCAGCGGUGGUCAGUCGACCAGCGCAGGUAUGACGACCGCCACCAGUUCGAAUCCACUUCAGAGUUUCGACUCUAUUUGGAACGUAGAUCGGGAUCGCGACCGCAUCGAGACAGCAAUGUUGGAGGAUCUCAACAAAUACUAUUGGAAUCAAGAAAACGAUAUUAACGGAACCCAUCCAUGUUCUGAUACAGCAAUAUCAAAUAAAUUAAUAAGCAAUAAUACGGAUGGACAAAUAUACACACUGACAGUUUUAAAUCAAGACAUUAAUGAAACAAACACUAACCGCUAUUGGGUAAAAGAGGAAGAUGUUUCAAUGUCAAGUCCCAUAGACGUUGAACAAAAUCCCUCCUUAGACCUGGAAUCUAUACUUAACAUGAAUGGAUUUCCAAAUGAUUUCAGUCAAGAUACACUUAGUAGUAAUAUUCUGCCUAAAGUAGAAAACUUCAACUAUGAAGAUGGAGAAUCGGAAACACAAACUACAGAAUUAAGUUCAAACAACUUGGUCAAAAUUGAACCAUUCAAUUAUGAUGACAGUGAAUUUCAAAGUAGUGACAAAAAAGAUGAUUCCAUAAUAAGCAACCCCACAUUAUUAGAAGUGGAAUAUAAUAACAAUAACAACGACUGGAAAUUGACCGACCAAAACACAGAAUCAAACGAAUCAUUACUACGGAGUGCCUUACAAGGAAAAGCUUUUAUUAGAUAUAGUACAAUUCAAAAAAAUACUGUCAAUAAAUUUGACGCAGAAUCAGAGUUAAAGAGGGCUAUUAUUAAUAAUAACAAUAAACCAGAUGUACCAUCUAUGUAUCAAGAUAACAAAGAUACCGAUUCUAGCCUUUUGAUGGCCAUAGCACCACCAAACGGUAAUGUAAAUAUAUCAAUAUUAUUAGAAGAACCUUCAGCGACUGUCUUAUCGAAUGGAGAUAAUCCUACAUCAACACAAAGCAUGGACGACAUUUUACUUUCCCAACUUGAUGCUAGUUAUCCCGACGACUAUGAAAAAUUGAAGCGGAUAGCUACUGAACUAGGUGAAUCAGUGCAACCAUUUUGUACUGUAGAGCCUAUUGAUUCCGUUCGUAAUGUAUACAAUAUUCAUCAUGUAAAUGGCGAAUUAGUAACUAUGAUUCCAGCAGGAGAAGUUCAGUUGCCUCAACACUUACAGAUAGUAACGGCAUCACCCACGGUGACGAGUACUAAGCCGGGAGGUAAGAAGAUCAGAAGAAUCCAAAAUAAAAAUUCACCCCCAACAACACAAACACAGUCGGGGACGGCUGUUCAAGCGGCGACAUCUACUUCAAAUGGUGUCCGAAAAGAACGGUCGCUACACUACUGCUCUAUUUGUUCUAAAGGUUUUAAGGACAAAUACUCUGUUAAUGUGCAUGUGAGAACUCACACCGGAGAGAAACCCUUUACAUGUUCUUUAUGCGGGAAAAGCUUUCGACAGAAGGCGCAUCUCGCAAAACAUUACCAGACACACAUCGCACAAAAGAGCGCAGCUGCUAACGGUGGCUCUAAACCUUCGAAGAGGUAACCACAAUCUCUGUCCUAGGCUGUUUGCAUUGAUUGUCAAUAGAAAUGACUGACUGUUAGCAAGUGUAUUUUAUAUUCACAUGUAAAGGCUGAAAUAUAACAGAUGAAUUUUUGGUAAGGUGCUAAAUAAGUAAUUAAGGCAGUUAAGGCAAGUGUAAAGAAUGUUAAGUAUUAAGAUUCUCAGCCGUUAUUAUGCUUGUUAAUUUGUGUGUAAUUCCGCCCGUUACCGAUUACUUGUAGCUUUAGAUAGGUUUAGCUGUAGAAAUGUACAUUUAAGUGUUUUUUUUUCGAGAUUAUUUAAACGAAACAUUCCCUGCCUUGCAACAAUUAUCUUACAAUUUUUAUGCACUACUUUGAGCUAAAUAUGUAUAAUUAAGUUCUCUUUAUUGCAAAAGUAAAUUUGAAAAAAAAAUAAGUAAUCUGAUAAAUCACCUACAAUGAUGAGCAAAUUUAGGAUUACGAUUUAGAUUGCUAGCUCUGUAAUUUCUCCCGCAGCGCAACCGACUCCACUUUCUAAAAAUAAUGAAAAAAAGCAGAGUAAAAAGAACGAGCAUUCUGUACCUACCAACUAUCUUUCACCGCCGACUAUAGUAUACUUACUAGACAAGAGUUUUCGUCUUUUUUUCCUCAUGUCGAUUCAUGAAUAGAGCCACUACAAAAUAGAGACUGUCGUUUACAGCUUUCUCGGACACAGCGAGCUGUUUACGGUUGAGAUUUUAAAACUGCGUUGUUUUUUUUUCAUAAAAGAGAUAUAUGUUUACUGUUGUGCACUAUAUCGGUAAAUUUACUUUAAUAGCCUUUUACAAAGUGGCAGUUACAUAAUUUUCUUCAGCAGCACGGUGAAGGGUAACUCAUUCUAAAAAUGAAACCUCUCGCCCGAUAUUGGGAGGGACCUGAUUGCACUAAGAUUGCUAUUUUCAAAUACAACUGGUGUUUCAAUCGCUAUCUAUAAAAUUGUGCUCCCUUUCUCAUCUAACAAAUUGCCUUUCUUUGUUCCUUUAGUGCACGAAGAAAAGGUUCUGAUAUUUACGAUAGCACCGCGUACCUAUUAUUAAAUUAAUGUAUGAUCAAAUGUAUUUACAGACAAUCACUUUCAAAGCUAUGUUAUUUUAACUAAUAACAUUUAUAGAACAGUUAUUAUUUCUUUUUUAUAUUAACUCUUUGAAUUAUUGUUUUAAAUUAAUCUACUAUUUAAAUACGCAGCAAAUUUAUUUAAGAACACGCAUUUGAAUGAACACUUAAACAGGAAUCUUUGGUUUUUAUAACUGGUAUGAAGUCGUGACACAGCAGUAAUUGUAUAUCGAUUUAGUGUCAAACUGCUGGCUUUAUCUCAUUUAGAUUUUGUAUUAAACUUUAUAUUAUUAUGACGUGGAAGAAUAGCUCGAUCUUUUAUAGCAUUAAAGUAUAUCAGUUUUAUUGGCAGCGUAAUGCCAUGUUUAAGAUAAAUACAUAUCUGACUUGUAUGGCGACGCGGAAACAUCGACGCGUCCGGGAGAACAAGCCUUUAGCUUUUAAGUUUGUUAAUUUUCAAAAGUGAGUCAUAGUUGAGGUUAUACGGUGGAAUACAAAAAAUAUAAUGUAGACGCAUUUUUAUGGAAGCAAUACUCAGUAAUACUCAAGACAUUUUACAAAACGUAUUGGAUAGUUUUUGAUACUCAUUUUUUAGCUGCGUUAUUGAAUCAGUUUGUCUUGCCGAGCAAAUACUGAUAUAUGUACCUAUUUACUUUUAAGUAACGCAUCACUGCCUUUUAAAGUUUCUAUGAAUGUCCUAAAGACUAAUAUACAAAAAUAAUAUUUACUCUAACGUAAGACGUUGUAUCUAUAUACAUAUUUUUUACAUUCUUUAUAAUUUAUUUUAAAUGUAAACAGGUCUUGUACAAUGAAUUAAUGAUACUAUUACAGGUUAAGCCGUAUUCAAAUACGUUUAGGUUUUUCUAUAUUACUGUCAACAAUUUUAUUAAAAUACAUCAUAGAAAUAAUACUUUACAUUUGAUUUUUUAAAUCUAUUAAACUGUUGAAGAUCCGUUGUAGGUACCUAUUUUAUAAACCUAGAUAUAAAAUCAGUAGAAAAAUCAUUUAAAAAUACUCAUUAUAUGUAAUCAGUUUGUAUGUAAAACGAUCUGUUCGUUAACAGGGAAACUAAUUUGUGAAGUAAAUUUAUGCUCUUGUAUCUCAUUAGAUGGUAUUUGAAAUGUUAGCGAAUUUAUAGUUGUUAUUAUAAGCAGUAAGAAACUUAUGAGAGAUUUACCAAUUAGUUAUAAGAAACUAUGGCUACCUUUAUAUUAAAUACGAUUGCAUAAAUGGUUGUUAAUAUAUUCAUGUAAUAUAUUAAAAUAUGUUGGUUUAUAUGAACUUAUUCGAAAGAGAUUUUCAAUUUGAUCGAUUAUAUUGCAUUUGUUCCUGAGUUGAUUUUUAGAUUUUAUUAUUAAUAUCUUGUUUAUAAGAUGUCUAUUAUAAUUGAGUAAGAUGUAAUUUAAUUUUUAUUUAGAAAUUUUAUAUCAAGGACGAUGUGGAUGUGGAAUGGUAAGCGCGGUCAAAAGUGGCGCCUUUUUGUAAAUAUAUUUUAUUUAUUUUGGCAUUAUUAUUGUUGCUCAAUUGCUAAAUUUUAUAAAUCAUUGUCCACUAUCAUUAAACUGAAGCCGUCCUGUAAUUUUUUUUUAUUAUUAUUUAUUGAUAGAAUUACGGUUAAGAUGAAAAUGAAAAAACGAAAUGGUAAUUUUAUUUUGACUAACCCGAGCUGUGAUUUUUGCUAAUGUACGUCUAACGAAACAGUAUCAGAUGCAGUUUUGUAAAUUAUAAUAAAACUGUGAACACAACAGCUGUUAUAAGCUGCGGGCCGAUUACAUUAAUUGUCAGUCUAUCCAGGGCUAAAUGUUGAUAAUUUGCAGACCGUUGUUUGAAACAUAUCAUCCCGUUCGCUUCCUACCAAUAGCAGAUUUCCUCGUAUAUCAACAAACUAUCAUCUGUGAGAGCACAAUAUAAAUUAUCAAUGACGAUGUUUAAUGUAAGGUCUUCCAGUCCGAGCUACAUUCCAUCAUGUUUAUCUUUUGCAGUAUUUUUAAUGUAUGUAGUCUGUAGAUCUUAAGACAUAUGUUAUUGGUUUACAUUAACAUUUGUUUUGAGGAGGGCUAUAAUAAUUUUAUAUCGUUAUAAGACGUACAACUAAGUGAAACAUAAAUAAUAUAACUACAUAAGUAUUAACAUAACAAAGAUGCUGGAUUCGUAAUUCGUAAUGCAAAAGAUUGACAUGAUAUUAGUACUAUGUAUCAUCAAUUUACAUAAUCUGGUCAUAGUCUCAGUAUCAAUGUAAGCUUGCGUAACUUAAUGAAAGUAGCUACCAUAAUUUUUUACACAUAUACAGUUUUUGUAUUGAAUUUCUUAUAUUUUUACUUUCCUACUUAAGUUUUGCUAAUAAAAUGUUUUUAAAAUAUGAA